AUGUUCAAAAAAGACAUAACCGCCUCCCCCAAGCAGAAGCUCAAGUCUUCAGCCCAACGCUCCCUCCGCCAAUCCCUCCUAUCGACAUACCCCCUCCUCACACCACACAUCGACGAAAUCCUGCCGAAAAAAGCCUCCCUCUCCAGCAUGAAGCUCCCUGACCGCAACACCCUCUACGUGCUGGACUCAGAGCCCCUGUUCUACCAGCAGGCCACGUCCGAGAUCCUCCCGCACCUGAAGCUGGUGCACCGAUUCCCACAGGGUUUCCCCACGAUCCGCAUAGACAGAGGCGCCAUUCGGUUCGUUCUCUCGGGGGCGACGCUCAUGGCUCCCGGGCUGACGUCCAAGGGCGGGAGGCUGCCUGUCGAUGGGGCCGCGAAGGGACUCGAAGAAGGGAAGGAGAUGGAGCAGCGGGUGGACGAGGAGGGCAGAUGGAGCAGGGAGUUGGUGCAGGGGGAGCCGGUGGUGAUUAUGGCGGAGGGCAAGGAGGAGGCGUGUGCGGUGGGGGUUUUGGUGUCGGGCACGGAGGAGGUGAAGGCGAAGGGGAAGGGGCCGGUGGUUGAGGAUGCGCAUUUUUUGGGGGACGGGCUGUGGAAUUUGGGGACGGAGUAG